CAACUUUUCUCUUUCUUUCUUUACUCAAUUGCGCAACCUUUAACUAGUAAACAUUGACCUCCAACCUAUACCUCCUUCGAUAUAUCAUCAUGGGUUUCUUCGGUUUUGACGAAGCCAAAUCGGCCCACCGCGAAUUCUACUCCGAGCGUGACGAAGAGCCAAAGUUCUCGCACGAGCUUCUCGGCGGUGCCGUUGCCUUUGAGGCCAUGCACUUGUGGGAGAAAGAACAGCGGCGCGAGGGUAAACCCGUCAACCACGGCGUCGCCAAGGAGGCGCUUGCUGCCAUUGCUGGGGCCGAAGUCGACAAGAUGAUUGAGCGGAGGGGAUUGGAGGGAAAGGUGGAUCGCGAAGAGGCGAAACGGCAUGCUAGGGAGAAGGCGCACGAUCUGUAUGAUCGGCAGUAUGGAGAGAGGGACAUGUAUGAUCCCAACUACGAGAUGCAUGAGUCAAUGCAGUCCUAUUGAGAAGGGCAAGUGCUUGGGGCGGAAUCAUUUUUGGAAUGGGAAACAUGGUUGCGAUAGAACUUUGAAAGAUAGUAUAACAGGGAUAGCUAAGGUGUUUUGGUAUUGGACACUCAAAUAAACAUUUACUAUACGUACA